ACGGAGUUCCGGCUGUGUUCGGCCUGCGGCGAGCCGAUCAGCGACAAGUUCCUGCUGGAGGUGUCCGGCAGCAAUUGGCACGCGAGGUGUCUAAGAUGCUGCGUCUGUCAGCUGCAGCUGGACCGACAACCGUCCUGCUUCAUAAGGGACAGGGCCGUCUACUGCAAAGCCGACUACGCAAAAUGUAAUUUUUCUAGAAGCUUCGGUGCGAAGUGCUCCGUCUGCUCGAGGGGAAUCUCUUCUAGCGAUUGGGUGAGGAAAGCCCGUGAACACGUCUACCAUUUGGCCUGCUUCGCGUGCGCCGCCUGCCACCGUCAGCUCUCCACCGGCGAGGAAUUCGCCCUCCACGAAGAUCGGGUACUCUGUAAAGCGCACUACCUCGAAACUCUAGAUGGAGGCACCACAUCCUCAGACGAUGGAUGUGAUGCAGAAGGUUAUCACAAAAAUAAAGCAAAACGGGUUCGAACGACAUUUACAGAGGAACAAUUGCAGGUGCUACAGGCGAACUUCCAGCUGGACUCGAAUCCGGACGGUCAGGACCUUGAGAGGAUCGCCCAGAUCACGGGCCUCAGCAAGCGAGUCACGCAAGUCUGGUUCCAGAACUCGCGCGCCCGCCAGAAGAAGCAUUUGCACACCGGAAAAGUUAAAACUCAAAUGCACAAUACGCGCGAUGAAAACUCAUUCGGAAGACACAUCAACCUUCACCUCACCUAUUCGUUCCAGCAACAAGCGAACAACAACAACAAACCUUCCCUGUUUGGUCCACCAGAUUCUAUGGACGACCUGUCGCAAGAAUCCACGAUGCACUGCAUGCAAGGCGAAGUGUAAAUGGACAACAAAAUGGAAAACGUUUACAAAAGCUAAGAAGCAUCAUCAACUGGACGAGGAAGAAAGCAAAAAAGGGAAGAAGCAAACAAGAACUUCAGUAAACGUUAAAAAAGAAGAAGGAAAUACCGGAGAUGGAAAAGAGAGAGAAAGACACAGAGAGACAACAGCGUUUUCUUUUUCCCUACAUAUUUUUUUUCUUCUAUGCACUGAUUUGUUACGUGAUUUUUAAAUGUAUAUGGAACCCUAGUAUUUUUAUGUUGUUAUUUAGUUGUACCUAAUUUAUUGACUAUUUUAUAUUAUUAUUUUGUUCUGUUGCUAACGGAGCGAAGAAUGGAGGGGGACGCGAAUUGUGAAUAUAUUGUGUAUAUUAUCAUUAUCACUUACUACUAUUAUUAUUAUUAUAUAACGAAGACGGAAUGCGGAUGGAGAAAAAAUGAAAUUUUUAAACAGAUAAAUGAUGAAUAUUGAUGAAGGUGAAGAGUUUUAGGCUGCGCUGCAUUUGCAAUUACUUCGUUUAUUCAUUAUUAUUAUUAUUAUUAGCAGUACAUAUGUUAAACUCAAAGUUAAUUAUUCUACUGUUUUUAAGUGUACUAUAAAUAUUUAAUAAAAAAAAUAUAUAUAUAAGAA